CCACCACACAAUUCCUUUGCUUUGCUUUGUGAAAACCAGUCUUCCAUCCUCCAUCCUCCAUUAAAUCCAGAAAGCUCUCACUCUCAGAGAGAGUCUCAGUCUCAGUCUAAUUAAUAAACACCGCACAUGUCAGAGAGCUGCAACUCUCGCCACUUCUCGUGGCUCAUGAAAUCCUGCUUCCCCAAUCCACACGACACCAAAUCCUUUGCCCAUUCUUCCCAAACCCAGCCCCAGCCCCAGCCCCACAUUCUUGGCGACCAAUGCGCCGCCACCACCACCACCACCGUCUCCUCUCUCCCGGACGACCUCUUGCUCGAGUGCCUCUCGCGUGUUCCAUCUUCUUCUCUGCCUUCCGUCUCCGCCGUUUGCCCCAGGUGGGCCCGCCUCAUCGACUCCUCUCACUUCUUGGGUCUGCGCCGCUGCCACCGCCUACUCCACCACUUCGUCUUCGCCGUCUCUGCCACCGAGUCUGGCCUCUACGCCGCCAGUCUACGCUUACAAAGCGAUGGGCUCUGGAAGGUCGCCUUCUUCCUCCCCGACGACGCCGUUUCGCUCGGGAACUUCCACGGCCUGCUCUCCCACGCCCGGUUGGCCGCGGUGGGGCCUAAGAUUUUUAUCAUCGGUCGGAACGCGAUGGUGCGCUACGACACGUGGUCCGGGACGGUGGUUCCCAGAUCGGCGAUGAUCUUCCCGAGGAAGAAGUUCGCCGCGGCCGUUGUUUCCGGCAAGAUCUACGCUGCCGGGGGGGGUCCGAGGACGAACGCGGUGGAGGAGUACGAUCCCGACUCCGACACAUGGCGCGUUGUGGCCAACGCUCCGAGGAGGCGGUACGGCUGUAUCGGAGCGUCGGUGGAUGGGGUGUUCUACGUGAUCGGGGGGCUCAAGAUAGGCGCAUCGGGGAGCGAGCCCUCUCGCACCGCUGCCAACGCGGAGGCCCACGUGUACGCGAGCUCAAUGGAUUUGUACGACGUGGAGGCGCGUGGGUGGCUGAGAAGCCGAGCAGUCCCCGGCGGCGGCUGCGUAGUGGCGGCUUGCACUGCUGCCGGACACGUGUACGUUCUCACCAGCCACGCCGUGGAGCUAUCUUUUUGGAGAUUCGACGCGCGAAGAAAAAGCAUUGGUAACAGUAGUAUCAACGCUAUCAGUAACAAUAGUAGCAGUGGCAAUAGUGGGUUUGGGGAGUGGUGUAGGUUAAAGAGCCCUCCACUACCGGCGCAAGUUAGAAUAGACAGCACCGUUAGGUUCAGUUGCGUGGGGGUGGGUGAGAAAGUGGUGUUGGUGCAAGUCAUCGGUUGCAUCGACGACUUGUUGCGGCGGAGUGGGAGGAGUUCGAGGGGUUUGAGAGAAGGGCUAGUGUUGGUCUAUGACUCCCCUGGCGGAGAGUGGAGCAGAGCGGCGGAUCUGCCGGAGGUAAUUCGACGCGCCGCCUGUGUGUCUGUGGAGUGCUGAACGGCACAUGUUAGGAGGGGAAAGGGAACCUUCACAACACGCGCAACCGUACAUCUUGAAAACCUGCGUUGAUUUGCCUAUUUUGGCACAAUCUAAUUGAAGAUUUUUCUAAGAUUGGGAAUUUGGGUAUGGGUUAGUCUACAUUGAUGUUUGGACAAAAUUCUGUGUUGUUUGAAUUCGAAAUUUGUCGAAUUUGAAUGUCUUCAUUGGAUUUGGGUAACUUUGAAGAACUU